AAACACUUCACUCUCUCCACGGUCUGUCUGUCUCACCAGCUCGCAAUUGCUCUUGCUGCGGCCAUCAUGGCCUCCAGGCAAGUUGUACGCGCCUACCGGCCGCUGUUGCGUCCCACACAUCCAACGUCCCUGCCGCGGCGGACAAUAUGCUACUCCCGGCCCCUGCGAGCGGAAGAAGACCGCAACAAGACCAAUGGCGGAACCCCAGAGGAACCAAAGAACAACUCGUCGUGGCUCUCUUCGGUGAGGGAUCUCUUUUUCAACCCCGGCAAAAAGGUGAAGAAGCCGCCGAAGCCAGUCGAGCAGCAGCUCCCCCAACAAGGCGGGCUGGCCCCCGACUCGAUCUUCGCCGAUCACAGCCCUGAGACCGAAAUGACCGUUCCAGGGAGAGCACCGAGUGGGAAAAAGCCGUUCCAGCGUCUUGAAGACCGGGAUCCGGCUUUGAUACGCCGAGUCAUCGAUCCGAAUCCGGUAGCUCGAAGGCGAUGGGAGCGGAGGAUGGUUAUUAGAGAAGUUCGCAAACGCGGCCGUUUGACUAAGCAGGAGGUCAUCAUGGCGACGGAACGUGAAGCACUGGUCAAGUCGCACUGGUUCAAGACCUCGGUCAAGAAGCUGGUCCCGUUGGCCCGCCAAAUCCAAGGCAAGAACGUCGACGAGGCGAUACUGCAGAUGCGCUUCAGCAAGAAGAAGGUCGCCAAGGAGGUGCUGGAGCAUUUGAAAUAUGCCAAAAACGAGGCUAUUGUGCGCUAUGGCAUGGGCCUGGGCAAGGCCAACGGCGAGACGGAGAAACAUGAACCGAUAGAUAUCAUCCUCAAAGACGGCGAGAAGAAGACAAUCACCGAUCCCACUUCCAUCUACAUUGCACAGGCGUGGGUGAACCGAGGCCCGUUCGACGUCGACUACGACCACCGAGCCCGGGGUAAAAUCAACCUCCUGCGCCCGCCUCACACUGGCAUAUCGGUGCUGCUGAAGGAGCAGAAGACUCAAGUUCGCGAGUGGAAUGUACGACAGGCAAGGGCUUUGCGCCAGCGCAAGUCGAUGCUAUGGGUGCACUUGCCAGACCGGCCUGUGACUGCACAAAGCCAAUACUAUAGUUGGUAGAACAAACAACAGUUGGUAAACAAGAUGACAAGCUGGGCGACGAGGCGUUGCUAUGUAUCUAUAUUUCAUGCUGCAUUUGAGCUCUCUUUCUUUCAUUUGUGGGAACUUGACCUGAGUUGUAUUAUAGAAAUGAACGUAUUCUUUCAGGCAUCUCCUACCGCUUCCUAAUCGACGACCGCUCUCUAGGCGUUGUUUCCUUUGUGUGUAGACAGCUAUUUAUUUUUACUCACAUCUCGCCUCACAUCUCAUCUCAAGGAUUCUCUCCAAGCAUGUCUUCACAACCAUGGCCUCCAGGUCAUCCUUCCAGUAGUGACACUGGCAGAAACAGCCCUCCACAAGGACCUCGACCCCAACGAGCCAUGCAACAUCCCAG